AGACCCGCAACUCAGACAGAAACAGCAACAGCAGCGACACAGAAGUCAUCUCAAAAGGAGGGGAAAAACGGGCUCAUCCAACGCCUUUUACGCACAAGCUUUUAACCAUGAUUAAGAAAAUGUCGCCGUCCGAGAGUGAUUUUGACAUCCCCGCCAAGAACUGCUACAGGAUGGUGAUUUUGGGUUCCACCAAAGUUGGGAAAACAGCCAUCGUGUCCCGGUUCCUGAACGGGAGGUUCGAGGAGCAGUACACGCCGACCAUCGAGGACUUUCACAGGAAAGUGUACAGCAUUAAGGGAGACGUUUACCAGCUGGACAUACUGGAUACAUCAGGGAACCAUCCUUUCCCCGCCAUGAGGAGACUGUCCAUCCUAACAGGUGACGUCUUCAUCCUCGUCUUCAGCCUCGACAACCGCGACUCCUUCCAGGAGGUGCAGCGGCUCAAGCGGCAGAUCUACGAGACCAAGUCGUGCCUGAAGAACAAGAUCAAGGAGAACAUCGACGUGCCGCUGGUGAUCUGCGGCAACAAGGGGGACCGCGAGUUCCACCGCGAGGUGCAGCAGCAGGAGAUCGAGCAGCUGGUGGCCGGCGACGACAAGUGCGCCUACUUCGAGAUCUCCGCCAAGCGCAACGAGAACGUGGAUAAGAUGUUUCAGACUCUGUUUACUUUGGCCAAACUACCUCACGAAAUGAGCCCCGACCUGCACCGCAAGGUGUCCGUGCAGUACUGCGACAUGCUGCACAGGAAGUCCCUGAAGAACAAGAAGAUGAAGGACAUUGGGGAGGCGUACGGCGUGGUGACGCCGUGCGCGCGGAGACCCAGCGUGCACAGCGACCUCAUGUACAUUAAAGAGAAGGCGGUAGGAGGCGGACAGGGCAAGGACAAGGAGAGGUGCGUGAUCAGCUAAGCGGACCAAAACAAAAACAAAAAAAAGCUGGACGCAGAUCUUUGAGAGAAACACGGAGCCUUGACGCGACCUGUGCGGUUCGCAUGCGCUCGAACUGACGGCGGCGGAGUGGAGACGCCGCGGCCGCGGCCGCCGCUGUGCGCUCUGGCGCAGCGCCGUCUCCAAGGGACACUGACUUUGUGGAGUCCGCGACAAAACCACUGAAAAUAAACACACACACACACAUUGUAGUGCCCACGAGGCCUUUAAGUAUGUUAGCUUCUUCUGUCAGUGUGACGUGGCUUCAUACCUUGUGAGACUCGCGCAUCGAUGCGUAAAAUAAAUGUGUGUUGUUGACGUCAUGCCUUUAAAAAGAUGCCAGAGGAGAGAAAAGAGACUCAUGGCUCAGGUGGCGCGAGCGUGGAAGGAGAAGAAGAAAAUGAUGCUGUUUACAUUUGUUUAUAUAGAUUUUUUACAUAUAUAUAUAUAAUGGCUUUGUGCACUUGAAUGUAUUGUUGCAAUCCAAAGUAUUUUUUGAAUGUAUAUUUAUUUGUCAAUGUCAAUGAAUCUUUUUGCAAAGAAGUCAAAGAAAA